AUGGGACAGCAGUACUACCCGAUCAUAUUUGAUGUUGGCUCGAGGUUUGUGACGGCUGGCUUUGCUGGAGAUGCCUGUGCCAUUGUGCGCAGGAGAACGAACGUGUAUGACCUCACGGAUGCUCAGUUGACGGUACGAUCAGAUGACGCCUGUGAAGGAGAGCGAGGACAGGAACCGCCGCAGUUCCUGUGGACAGAGUCCAUGGCAUCUGUGGAUCCAUACAGACUGGAGUGCCUGCUGGAGCGGAUCAUACAUGACGUCUAUGAGAACGAUCUUCUCGUGGACCCUAAACGGUGUAAAGUACUCAUGUUGGAGCCUGUCAUGCUGCCAUUGCCUCUAAAGAGAGCACUGACUCGUGUCUUCCUGUUUCACAUGCAUGCUCAGAGCAUACGGUUCUUGCCAGCAUCGGUAAUGAGUGUGGUUGCCUCCGGAGCAACGUCUGGGCUGGUCAUUGAUCUGGGCUGGAACGUAACAACAGUUACACCAGUUUUCGACCUACGACAGCUCUACAUCUAUAGCAAGCAGACGUUACGUGCUUCAAGAAGAAUACACAAUGAUAUCAGGAAGAAGCUUGAGAAUCUGGGACUGGACACUACGUUUGAAUUUGUUGAACAGUUUCUCGUAGAGUGCUGUUAUUGCGGCAUUGGAAACCAUGGAACUGGUGAUUUUACAUUCAACAAUUCAACCAUUCCUCAGGAAUUAAGAUACCAGAGCAUUGAAGAGAUUCUCUUCCCAGAUGAACAAGAUGGCCCUGAUGACGAUGACUCCCAGACUUUAUGUUCUUUGGUAGAGCAAGUCAUCAGAGAGGUUGACAUCGAUCUGAGAACUCCGCUGUCUUCCAACAUCAUCAUCGUUGGUGGGCUGUCCAACAUCCCUGGAAUUAAAACACGUAUCAUCUACGAGAUAAACAAACACACAAAGGCUUCUGGGAUCAAAUCUUUAGGCCCAUGGCAAGGUGCUAGCCUAUAUUGUACCACAUCAUUGAUGACAUCUUCAACUUCAACUAGGAUUAAAAACAGCGGUGAACUUACACGAGAGAAGUAUAUAUCAGGCGAAGAAGUUCUACUGGAUUGGACAGAUACGCUGUUUUCAAAGUGCUCAAUAUAA